GUAAUAACGAUUGUGCAUCUCAAAUGGCUGGUUUAAUCCGUGUUCUACAGACGCGCUACCGCCCUAUUAACAGAACCUCCUACCAGGCUGGGGGCAGAAGUUAUAACUGUUUUCUAUGAGGAAGGAGAAAUAAGUCACUCGCUCUAUGAUCUGAAAACUUCACAGUUGUAUCGAGGUAACCUUCAGGAAGUUAUAUAAAGCUUUUAAAUAACGCAGACGGUGUAAUAUGGGGAACCGGGUGGCGCGUGACGAUUUUGAAUGGGUUUAUACAGACCAGCCACAUGCCGACAGGAGAAAAGAGAUUCUCGCCAAAUAUCCUGAGAUAAAAUCUCUCAUGGGACCUGACCCGAGGCUAAAAUGGAUUGUCUGCAUGAUGGUAGCUAUCCAGUUCCUGGCCUUUUACCUCGUCAAGGAUUUGGAAUGGAAGUGGGUCCUAUUUUGGACUUACGCAUUCGGAAGUUGCAUAAACCACUCCAUGACUUUAGCCAUUCAUGAAAUUUCCCACAACACAGCAUUUGGCAACAAUCGUGCGAAAUUGAAUCGCUGGUUCGCCAUGUUUGCCAACCUGCCUGUUGGUCUGCCGUACUCUGCCUCCUUCAAGCGCUACCACCUCGACCACCACCGCUAUUUAGGCGGGGACGGCGUAGACGUAGACAUCCCGACCGAUUUCGAAGGAUGGUUCUUCUGCACUCGAUUUCGCAAAUUUGUUUGGAUUAUCCUUCAGCCGCUGUUCUAUGCAAUUCGGCCUCUGUGUAUCAACCCAAAACCCAUCAGUCAGCUGGAGAUAGCGAAUGCAAUUAUCCAGUUCACAUUCAACAUACUUCUCUACUGGCUGUUGGGCUCCAAGCCUUUGUUUUACAUGCUAGCUGGCUCAAUGUUGGGAAUGGGCCUUCAUCCCAUCUCUGGACACUUUAUUGCUGAGCAUUACAUGUUCCUCAAAGGCCAUGAGACUUAUUCUUAUUAUGGAUCGCUGAAUCUACUCACCUUCAACGUAGGCUACCACAACGAGCAUCAUGAUUUUCCCAGCAUUCCAGGACGAAGGCUCCCUCUGGUGAAGAAAAUAGCAGCAGAGUAUUACGAUGAUCUGCCAUGUUACACAUCGUGGUUGAAAGUCCUCUACGAUUUCAUCAUGGAUGACGAGCUGAGUCCAUACUCCCGUGUGAAGAGGAAGUUGAAAGGAGAUCUCAAGUUGGAAUGAAUGGAUUUCAUUUAACCAAAAAUAAUUGCCGAGCCUCAAAUUUGCACACACACCACCUACUAACUCCUUCAGUUACACAGUUAGGGUAGUAUUGUGUGAGAGUGAACAAAGACUGGUUUUAUUGUGUGUGUGUGUGUGUGUGUGUGUGUGUGUGUGUGUGUGUGUGUGUGUGUGUGUGUGUGUGUGCUUGCAACUGAGAGAAUGGUCAUUUUUAUUUGCAUCAUUUCAAACAAUGUCUUCAAAGUCUGUACGUGAAAAUGGAAUCAUUCCUCCUUCCUUGGGUUUUCACACACUGCAGCUUUGUCGAGUACACAAUUCCUGUUUGUCUAGGAAAUUACCUAUCUGCACAUUUUAUUAUUAUUUUUGCAUGAUAAUGUUUUCCCUCACUUCAACACAUUUUUAAAGUUUUCUUAAAAUCUUAACCUUAAUGCCACUGAUGUACUUGUAAGUUUAAGCACCUAGUCUUAAUGAUGAUCAGAAAUGAAACCUAAACGAAUACAUUUACCGCUCACCUUGACACAACACACUGAUUUCUGAUCAGUAUGUGUCAAGUGUCCUGCCUUCACUGCUUAUCACUGUCUGUGGAUUUUAAUGGGACAUUUCCCCCCCCUCCUGUGUGACUAACAUGAGGAGUGUGCACUCAAGGUGUGGACCUGUACGAGUUCUCACUGCCUGAUAACUUAUCAUGGAUAUUUAUUCUUAAAUUUAGCUGGAGCAUUUGGAGAUGACCUUGCUUGAAAAAUAGUGAGUCACUGUGCUGAUUGGGUAACAAAUUUUAAACAAAGCCUGUUUGUGAUUAAAUGAUUUGUAAUGUUGGUUAACGGCUUAAUGCCGUUUAAUGGGUUGAAGGAACGUUACCCGUGAGCGACCCUCAAUCUGUCAGGCACUUUAAAACUGGAGCUGACUAAUCCCAAACUUUAAUCACACGUACAUGACCCAUUUCCUGAUCGCUACAUAUAGUUGGAAUUGAACCUAAUUGGAACAUUGAACCUGUGCUGACAGACCAGUCGGCUUUUAAGGGAGCGAUAUGGCUUUAAAGUAAAUAAGACUUAAUAUUUUUGUGCACAGCCAUUGAUCAAGCAGUUGACCGACUGACAUCACAUUCUUCAUUUGUGAUGCUUUUUCCAGGCUUGUAGCACAAACCCAAGUGUCUUCAGCGUAAAGCAAAAGCAAGAGAACCGACCUGCGACUGUAACUGUUUACCAGUAAAAAUGCUGCGUUACUGUAUAAUUUUUUUUUUUAAAGAAAAAACUGUCUUUUAAGGAUCAGUAAAAAUAUCAAUACAUAAAGAAAUAAAAUGGCUUCUAGAUUUAGGAUUGUGCUUUUAGUGAUUGUUAAAUCACUGAUUAUAUCAAACAUGCUUAUUAAAGUGUUAACCAGUUUGUAGCA